AAAAAUUCAUAAUCAGAAAUUUGUUGGUCUGUGGAGUUGACUCUACCGCAUUUCUACUUAAACCGGGUUCGUACACAGAAUCAAGAAACGACUCUUUCCCUUUCUCAUAAAAUACCACCAGAACUGAAAAACUUUCCCUCCAUUAAAUUAGCUCAACUGACUUUAAGGAAUUUUCACGUUUUCUUCUGGAGAGAUCUGAUCACAAAAAAAGAACUCAUGAUUUGAUGUUGAACCUUGGAUUUCUCAUCUCAUUUGGACCUUCUACUACAAAAAACCCCCGAUUUAGAAGAAAGAGACUGGUUAGGGUUUACUGCAACCAUUUCGUGCAAGUUUUAUUGUAAUCAUAAAGUAAAGAUGAGUGUGGUGAAGUCUCAGGUUUGGCAACCCUGUAAAAAGAAGAGAUCUUAACGAUCAAUUUCGCCAAGUCUCAGGUUUAUAGAGAAGCGAUUCAGAGGGUGGGAAUAUCUGUAGUGUUAUUUUUUUUCGUUGAUUCGCUGAGAAAGAAACAAUGGCGUCGUCUUCUUCUCGUGCGAAGGUGCGAGUGGGGAAGUAUGACUUAGGUCGGACAUUGGGUGAAGGAACAUUCGCGAAGGUUAAAUUUGCUCGGAAUUGUGAAACUGGUGAAAAUUUUGCUAUCAAGAUUCUUGAUAAAGAUAAGCUUCUUAAACAUAAGAUGAUUGAUCAGAUAAAACGAGAAAUCUCAACUAUGAAACUCAUUAGACAUCCAAACGUUAUACGCAUGUAUGAGGUGAUGGCUAGCAAGUCAAAGAUAUAUAUCGUAUUGGAACUAGUCACCGGUGGUGAACUAUUUGACAAAAUUACAAGUAGAGGGAGAUUAAAGGAAGAUGAAGCAAGAAAAUAUUUUCAGCAACUGAUCAAUGCAGUUGAUUACUGCCAUAGUAGGGGUGUAUUUCACCGAGACUUGAAGCCUGAAAAUCUGCUGCUUGAUGCCAGUGGAGGUCUAAAAGUAUCAGAUUUUGGAUUAAGUGCACUGCCGCAGCAAGUUCGAGAAGAUGGAUUGCUUCACACAACAUGUGGGACACCAAAUUAUGUUGCUCCAGAGGUGGUUAACAGCAAAGGUUACGACGGAGCGAAGGCGGAUCUCUGGUCAUGUGGUGUGAUCCUUUUUGUCCUUAUGGCAGGUUAUUUGCCAUUUGAAGAAGCCAACAUCAUGGAAUUAUAUAAAAAGAUUUUUAAGGCCGAUUUCACCUGCCCUCCUUGGUUCUCCACAAGUGCAAAGAAAUUGAUCAAGAAGAUCCUGGAUCCAAAUCCCUUGACGAGGAUUUCCAUUUCCGAGGUCAUAGAGAAUGAAUGGUUUAAGAAAGAAUAUAAGCCGCCCAUCUUUGAAGCAGAGGAUGUUGCUCUUGUUGAUGUAGAUGCUCUUUUCAGUGAGACUGGGGAACCGGGAAACCUUGUUGUCGAGAGGCGAGAAGAAAGGCCAGUUACAAUGAAUGCCUUUGAGCUCAUUUCUAGAUCACAGGGUCUCAAUCUUGGCACUCUAUUUGAGAAACAGAUGGGACUCGUAAAAAGGGAAACAAGCUUCACAUCUAAGUGCUCUGCUAAUGAGAUAAUGUCCAAAAUAGAGGAAGCUGCCAUGCCCUUGGGAUUCAAUGUGACAAAAAAUAAUUACAAGAUGAAGCUCCAAGGAGAAAAAACUGGACGGAAAGGCCAUCUAUCUAUUGCUACUGAGGUUUUGGAAGUUGCUCCUUCUCUUUACAUGGUUGAGCUUCGUAAAGCUGGGGGAGAUACACUGGAAUUCCACAAGUUUUACAAUAACAUUUCUACUGGGCUGAAAGAUAUCGUCUGGAAGGCGGGAGGUAUAGAAGAAAAUGAAUGAUGGUGGUGCUGACAUGGUAACUUGAAUUUGUUCUAGUUUCUAGAUAUACUCUUCUUGGACGUAAUAGAUUUGCAAAGAUGGGGUUUGUGGAAGUCCAGAUAGUGUUACUGAUCAAAUCGAUGGCCAGUAUCUUGUCUUCUCAGUUCUCUUAUUGAUUACUAGUUUGCUUUGGCUUUACAUUAAAUGUUGAUAAUUGUUGAUACUUGAAUUCUAAACUACUUUCUAGUAAUGUUACUGAGCUAGAUUGGCGUUCCCAAGCACUUCCCAAGUUACAAAACAUAGCUUGGGAACACCCUAGGUCUAGCGGUUUUUCCCUAUUUGUGUUGAUUUUUUCCCUAUUUAUGGCUUUUGCUUUCAGCUGAGUUAUACGUUUUUAUGGGUUCUUUUGUUCAAUAACGUAUAAUGGUGGUUAUACAUCAUUAGAUAUAAUACUUAUAUU